UGACCAAGUCUCUUUUGGUGACACAGUUGUUAACUGGUGACACACCUGGUGACCCAGCGAUGGAAAAUGUUCAAGUAGAUCGACGCACCAGGAAGCGCAACAUCCAACUUCAGCAACAGCUCAGCUACAGACUGCAGCUGUUGAAUGAGGAGUAUCGGAUGGUUAAAGAGACACAGGAAGAAACACGUCAACAGCUGGCCGAGUUUCUGAUGUGUCUGACACACAAGGCCCCAGGUCUGAGCAGCUAUGGCCAUCCCAACACCCGAGCUAUGGACCUAAAACAUCACACCAUUGCCAGAAGAUACGAUCUGGGAGAAAACGGAAGCUCACAGCUUGCCGAUACCGGGAGCUCUCCACUGAAGGAGAGCAGCAAGAGAUCCACAGAUAGAUCAAAGACGCCGCUUCAACGUUCAGAGCCACUGUCAAGAAAAGAAUUCUUCAACAGGAAAAUUAUGCUCGAUUCCAGGCGUCAUAGUUUUCUGACAAACUCGCUGAAAUCUUCCUCAGAAAACAUUUCCAUUAAAGUAGACACCCCUAGGCCGAAGACGCAGGAGGGUAGACUGGCAUCCGUUGGCAGCACCAUACAAACUAAGGCGGGAAAGUCUAGGAUUGCCAAAAGCAGCUCUGAGCCGCGUGGAGAUCGCGUGCAGAAGUGGGCUGUGAAGAACAAAAAGGACGAGGCAACAAUGAGACAGGACGCUGCACGCAAGUCAAUUCUGAACCAGUUCAGCAUUAUAUUUGACCUGUCUCAGUCCCGAGUAGACAAAUCGUCAGACAGCCCCACGCGUGAAGAAUCAAACGCCAGUGUUGACAGCAUGCAGCAGCCAACUUUCAAUAAACCUUCAGCUAACUUGGCUCAAAAAGUAGCGUGGGGAACUCGUGAAGUUCGACAUUUCGACUGCACUGAUUUAGUCGAGUGUCUUGAAGACAGCCGUCUAUCAAGCCACAGCGUUAAGACACAUGUGUCUGUCAGACAGCACGUGUUUGCUGGAGGCGUUAGACCGACGUCGACUAGAGUAUGUCGUCACAGAUGUGCUGAUGAGCAUGUCAGUUCUUCACACAGACGGCCCAAGACAGCCCCGCCAAACUACGAACUCAAGCAGAGAGCUAUGGUGGCGCCUCGACAGCAGGUAGCCGGAAUUUUGGCAGAGAUCCAGUCGAGACGAGCUACCACGCGAGCACUGCUACACAGGAGCAAGCAGCUGAAUGGAAUUGUCAAGCAAUUAGCGCCACCUGAGCUAGAUGAAAGCUUUAGUGACUAGCAGGACCGUGGUCAGCCAGCACAGAUACAAGCAGGGCCAUGGUCAGAUACAAGCAGAUACAAGCAGGACUGUGGUCAGCUAGCAGAUACAAGCAGGGCCAUGGUCAGCCAGCACAGA